AUGUCACGUAAUUCUGCAGCGGGUUUGGAAAAUACUCUUUUUCAACUAAAGUUUACGUCAAAACAGCUACAAAAGCAAGCAAAUAAAGCUUCAAAGGAAGAGAAGCAAGAAACCAACAAACUCAAACGUGCACUAAAUGAAAAUGAAGAGAUAUCCCGUAUAUACGCUUCUAAUGCUAUAAGGAAGAAAAACGAACGCUUACAACUACUAAAACUGGCAUCCAGAGUGGAUUCAGUGGCGUCAAGAGUGCAAACUGCGGUCACGAUGAGACAAGUCUCUGCAUCUAUGGGACAAGUCUGCAAGGGCAUGGAUAGGGCCUUGCAGAAUAUGAACCUGCAGCAAAUAACAAUGAUAAUGGACAAAUUCGAACAGCAGUUCGAAGAUCUAGAUACGAGUGUCAAUGUGUAUGAAGAUAUGGGUGUGAAUUCGGAUGCUAUGCUGGUGGACAAUGACAAGGUGGAUGAACUGAUGAAUAAAGUGGCUGAUGAAAACGGCAUGGAAUUAAAACAAAGUGCAAAAUUAGACAACGUUCCAGAGAUAAAGGCUAAUGAAGUUAACGCCGAUGAUGAAAAGGAAGAUAAACUGGCUCAAAGGUUGAGAGCGUUAAGAGGUUGA